AAAUAAUAUAGGAAAGUAUAGCUGGAGCCCAGAGUAGGUAUGGGCCCAUAACGAUAAAAUAGGCCCAUUAAGAAGUAAACGCGUAUAUCACGGUAGACAAGAGAGAGAGUGAGUGUGAAAGCAUCAGAAAGUAGAGAAAGACAUGGGAUGCUGCUUGAGCUCCGGGAAAGUCACAGCUCCGCCUGUCGCGGCCGCCAAGACUCCUCCUCCACCCAUUGAAGAAGAAACGGUGAAAGAAGUCGUGGUCCAGUCAGUCUCUGUCUCCGUCCCCGUUCCCGUCCCUGAACCUGACCCCAUUCCCGUCGCCGAGAUCGUUCCAGAACCUCGCAACCCUCCUCCUCCUUCACUCCCAACUCCAGAGAUCUCUCACAACAAGUCAGACACUUGUAGCGUCUCUCACAGUUUCUCCACCGCCACUACAGCUACUGCUGCUUCCAUCCUCGAAGACGACGCUGUCAGCAAACCCCACCGACACCCUCCUCCUUCUUCUUCCUCCACCUCUCGCCGCAACAUGUCUGAAAGAAUCUCCAGAUCUCCCGGAGGACGCCACUCGCCUCAGGGGAAGCUCCGUCCUAGGCCAGUCCGAGAGAGACAACAACAACAACCUCUUCAACAAAACCCUACCAACAACCGGCGAAAUGUGGUCUCAGGUCCUCUCCCGAGAAGCGGGUUACAAGAAACUGGUCCGAGGCGUCGCUCUCGUUCUCCGGCGACUCGUGCCCCGAGUUCCUCAAGAAGAAGCCCCAUGAAGAAGCGAGAAGAGAAAGAGGGAACAGAGGAGGUGAAGGUGAAGAAGGAAGAAGAUAAACUAGCUGUUGAGGAGAAGAAGGAAGAAGAUGUAGUAGCUGUGAAGGACCCUGAAGUGUCUAUGGAAUGUUUCAUCUUCCUCUGAUUUGAUCUUAUUAUCUACUUUCAUUAACUAAUGUGCUUCAUUGAUUUUUGAUUUGUAUAUUGCGUUAAGUGUUUGUACUAAACUCCUACUACGUAACCAAAUCUUUGCGGAUCUUUUGUUUGUUUUUUGUUUAUUGACUUUUAAAAGUAAAAGCAAAGACUAC